GAAAGGUACCAGGAAAAUGCAAGUCCUGUGGUCUCGGUAUCUUUGCCGACACGGGCCAUGUCCGGUGAGCCCAAGGGAAGGAGUAUUGGUGAGCCACAGCCUGUGGAAGACGCUGCAGCACCUGACCGCCAGGAAGGCUCCCAAUCAUGUGCAACUGGCACUGAAGACAUGGUAGACCUUGGCAGAGGCGUCUUCAUCAAGUCCUCUGCAUGGAGAGAGGUCAGCAAGGCUGCAAAAAGUUCCCUUUUUGUAAAGGAACUGGCUGCGGCCCUCUAUGGGCAAAAGGAGCUCAUGGAGAGAUCGGCCAAGGGCAAGCACUCACCCAGAUUUCCGAAUGAACCGAGGAAAAAGCCAAUCUCUCCCGUGAAGCUUAUGGUCAUGCAAGACUGCUACAAAAAGCGCCUCAAGGACAUGGGCAUGCCGGAGAACCUCGCGGCUGAAGCCUCGGGCAAAGACGUGACAGGUCUCAUCACUGAGAAAAUCGGGGACCUCAGGAAGCAGGCAAAGAGGUAUUAA